UCCAUUUUCCAUGGUGCCUCUUCCAAUUUAGGGGCACUGUGGUCAUGGAGCCUUCCAGUGCAGGGUCGCGGUAGUCCUGGAGCCUUCCAGUGCAGGGUCGCGGUGGUCCUAGAGUCUUCCAGUGCAGGGUCGCGGUGGUCCUGGAGUCUUCCAGUGCAGGGUCGCAGUGGUCUUGGAGUCUCUGCAAUAAUGCUUGGGUGGAAUGCUGGUCCCUUUCAGUGCUGAAGGAUACUAGAGAACUGAGAGGAAAUAACCGUACAUAAACUGAGAGGUUGUCAACAAAUGGACUGUAAUGUUUACUGCAAUGUAUACCCCCAGGCCCCCCUGGCCACAUCCCAUAAUAGUAGCUUGGACAUUCUAAACAUCCCCCUGUUUUCUUGUUUUAAUUUUUCCAUGUAGAUUACCAGCAGUCGAUUCCAUCUGCCAGCUGUUCCCAACCUCUUCAUGCCUGCAAAGGCGAAAGUGGCUGAAUAGAUGUUCCUGCAGGCACACCCUCUGCAUCCUUUUAGCCAGGCCUGGGGGGGACAGGCUGCAAGAGAGAGUCCACACUUCCUACUUCUUUACUGCCUGCUUGAGAGUUUCUCUUUUCCUUGUUUCAUUCCUCUGGAUGUUUGGGGCUGUUUCUCUGAACAGAGUCCAAGUGUUACUAGUGGGUUCACCAAGGCCUCCAAUGUCAUUUCCUGUGAUACUGAGCUGUAUGUUUUUGUCUCGUUUAAGACGCGACUGGAGGCGUACGUGUGCAGAAGCCUCAUUGCCCACAGUCACUCUAGGUUCUUUGACCUCAGAGUAAAAUGUAACUGAAAUACUUGAUGUCCAUUUCAGGCUGUUAACAGCUAACACAUAAAGUGAAAUCUAAGUUUUUUUGAAUGCCCACGUGGUUUUAUUCCAUGCACUGACUCAUUGCUUCUGAGUAAAGAUUGAUUUUGCCUGUUUUGCACUGGUGAAAUUGUGCAAUUAGUCAGUUCGGGGGAAUGCUUUUAAGCAUCAUGUGACGCACUGCACAUUGAAGAGUGUGGGACAGAGCUUAGACAGUGGCUGUGAGUUUGACGUCAGAGCCGCCCUUCCCUAAAUAAGGGUGACCCCUCCCCAUUAGGACCAGGAGCAGUGGGCAGAAACCCGCCCCCCAUGUGGUUAACAGCACCUUAUCAGUCUUUUCUGAGGUAGAGAGGCUGUCAGGAUAAUUAACAUCCCAGGGUUAGUGGCGCUCAAGCGAUGGCUGUUCUCACUUGAUAUCCGUGUCACGUGAGAUAAGGACAAGAAUUGGCUACUGUCUUCUUCUGGCAAGUGGUCACUGUAGCGAGUGCUAUCAAGAAGUGAGAGCAACUGUCAGCCGCUCAUCAUAUUCCAGAAAUAGAGCAGUUUUGCAUGCUUCGGAUACUGUGCUGCUGCAUGCAGCAGUAAAAGCAGUAGCUAGUUCAUUCAAAGACGCUAUGUAGCAACCUUAUUUUUCCAGUAGGUUAAGCCAUUACAACUACCAGCAGGUUCUUGGGAGCUCCUUGGAGCAAACCAUCAAGCACCUUUCCAUUAACUCUGGUAACUUUGUGAUGAAGGCCUGGAGGGUCCUGUCUUCCUCGCAAUUUUUGAAGAUUUGCACCCACUGCCCGGCUGCUGCUCCAGCAAUCCCUGUAAAUGGCUGCAGAUUUCAGUAUCCUUCCACCACUAGAUGUGCUUUGCUUGGCUGCGACAAGCUCUGAGAUUCCUGUUGCUGCCGUAUUUCAUGGCUGAGGAGGGGUACCUAAAUGACAUGGGCAUUACUGGCACACAUUGAGUGCAGAUUAAAGAAAGCAUCAUAUAUUAAAUAUAAAUAAAUGUAUAUAAAGCAUCCGAGCACUGGAUGGCAAUCCUAGAAAGACAGGAACACAUGGCUGGUUUGGGGCACUCAGACACUUCGGGGACAGAUGACAAAAGGAGUUUUGUGAUUAUUUGUUCAUUUGUGUCUUUGAUCCUGGUCUUAUCAAAUACCGCAGUAAGGAGAGGCUGCUGUCUUGGUCUUCCAGUGAGUGGAGAGCCGACAUAAUUUCUGGCAGGCCAAUGGGAAGUCAGGAAAACCUUUCAGCUUUUUCCCUGUCUGAUUGGACGGGGCUUGGCCACAUGGAUACAUAUAUGAACACUUUCAAAUAUAUGUGAGCUUUCUUUGUAAAAGCAUCUUUCCAGUUCUUCUAUGAACCCCAAAGGUCUGUAUGUCUUUUUAAAAUAGAUCACAGUGUUUACUCACUGUGACACUAUUCCAGGGCUCUUGUUUCUCCUUGUGGGAUAGGGGGAGGGUUUGUCUUUAGAGGUCAGUAAGUCGAUGCAGGAACAGUCACGGUGACGUCAUGGGAGUCAUUCUUGAUUUGGGUUGACCUUUUGGCCCCGGGACACACCACGCCAGCUGUUUAGUCCCUGUCUUCCUCUUGUUUUGCCUUAUUUGAUAGAUAUACGAUGAUACUUUUCAUUACUUCUGUAUCCUUACUGAGUAACAAUGUAGAAAUACAAGUUCAUUUCACACUUUUGAUUUUUAAUGGUCAGUAGGACUGUCACAUUUGAUUUACGUAGUGUUCAGAUAUAUGUGUAUUGGGAAUAUUCUGCUAUGGGCAUAUCAAGAUAUGUGAUACGUCCUGGUGUAAUAUAUCUGACCUUAGCCUGUGUUAGAUUUGCCACAAGCAGCUGCAGCUGUGAAAAACAUGAACAAAAUCUGCACUAUAUUCACAGUGUGAUUCAAGGCAGGAAAUAAAGAGCUUUACCAUAAAAUGCUUUAUCAUAAAAUCAUGAACCAUGUUCCCUAGGUGUAGCAUUCACUCAAUAUCUGUGAAAUAGUUGGUGCUAAAAAGUAAAAUUGUGGCCUGCUUAGUUUCCUGAGGUGACUGUGUUGCAUGGACACUGUUGCUUAUUAGCCGACACAUCAAGCCCUAAUGAGCGUGACCCUCAGACACCCUCAGCUGUCUAAAGUGUCGAUACCCCUUUGGACAGCAGCCGGGCCAAGAAACUGCUGCCGUCCCUGAACGUCCUUAAAUGUCUUAUUGAUGAUUAAGUGUGUGCCAUAUUGCCAGGCUAUUUUUGCAGUCUUUAAUUUUUCCAAAAAAAAAAAUUCAGGAGCUCUGUCUUGCAUCCAUGCAGGUUUUUUCUUUUGCGUUGAAAUGAUGUAGGACAGACUGUGGCGCCAGUUUAAAAUGUGAAAAGCUCACGGAUUCGCGCAUCCUGCUCUCAUAUCACUUAAAGAGUGGGCUCUGAGCGAAGGUACUUGGUGUGUGUUUACGCGCGUGUGUGUGCGUAUGUACGUAUCAGUUCUGCCCAAUGGCUGCUUCCAUGGGAAAAAUGUGAUACAGAACAUAGAUGUAAGAACCAUAUGUGCUACAAGUAAAUAAACACGUUAAUGGGAAGGAGAACAUUGGGUUAGAGGUUGCGACACCCAAGUGCUUUGUCGUAGUAUUUGGGUACCAAAGCACUUGUGGUAUAAUUCAUUGGCUUAUUAUAUUUACAUUCUUAAUACUGGCCAGUAGACAGUUCCCUUAAAACAGCUUUUAUGUAUUAAUUUUAAGGGAAGGAUAUGCGACUUUAGGGUUUUUUUAAACAUUCAGAGGUCAGCUACGGUCCUAGUGAUGUCAGUGCUAAACUUUAUCAUUGUUUGAAAGGUUCUUUUACUUUUUAUUUCUUCUAUUCUAUUUGUUCACGUAAACUUUUCAUUGGCAAAGAGCAGAAACUGAUCAUUAUUUAUAUACAAAUUUAGGGUAUGCCAUCAUGUAAUACGUUCCAACACAGAGCGUUUUAAAUUCCAUAAUGAAAAUUUAAAACACUGAGACAUAACAGGAAUUGGACACACAUCCUGCUUGUGUCUGUUAGGGUUAGAGUUUCCACACAACAGGAGGAGAACAUGAAUCAUUCUUAAAGUGACCUCCCUUCUUCACUGUCUCUGACUCUAUGCAUGCUCCUUUGCGUAUGUCUAUGCAAUGUGUAAUUUCUAAUUUCUGGCACUGGGAUGACCAUCUCUGUAGCCUCCCAAAGCCUUCCUGCCCUGCCCCACCUUUGUGCGCAGACUUCUAUUAAUAGUGGCCUGGAAGUGGUCAGACCUCAUUACCCAGGAGAGCUUGUUAAAACAUCAACAGCCGACACAAGGCAAUGGAGCCACACAUAUUAAUUACCGUCCCAUCAGGCUGUCAUUUAUAACCUGACCCCCGUGUCACAUGUCAUGCAGAAUAACCUUUUGAGAAGACUGCACACUCGCUCUGCUCCACCUCAUGUGAGGAGUAUUUUCAAUCCCUGUCCUCCUCAGAGUGUCAAGUGCCCAAGUGGAUUUGUGUGCUUAGUAAAUGUCUGUGGCCUUUCCCACAAUCCUCUGCCUCAUUAAAGUCCAAACCUGCAGAGGUACCGACCAUCUCAGGCCCUAGAGUCUGGCACAGAGUCCUAACCUUUAGAGGCACAGACCACCUUGCUGAUCUCCAGUCCGACACAGAAUUCUAACCUGCAGAGGUACUGACUACCACACUGUCUUCCAGUCCAACAUAGAAUCCUAACCCACAGACCCACAGACCACGCCACUGUCCUUCAGUCUGGCACAGGGUCCUAACCCACAGAGGCACAGGCCACCUUGCUGUCCUUCGGUCCCCUUUGAGAUUUCUCUGCUUAGCAACUCUAUACUUAAGCAGAAGGGUGAUUCUGUCUGAAUGAUGCACUUUACUGGCUCUGAGCUAAGAAGGAGGCAUAAAUGUGUGAGAGUUUUUGGUCUCAUUUGCUCUAUUUCAUUGUAACCUUUGUGUGGUUUUUAAGUGUCCUGCUUGACAUCUUGUCAUUUAUUUAUUCUAGUCAGAUCAAAUUUGAAUAAAGCCUGUUUUUUUAAGGACAGUCAAAUAUGAGGACAUAUGAGGAACAUGAAACUUGAAAUAUGAAGAACAUAAAAAUGACUCAACUCUUAAGCAAUGAGUGUAGCACUUCUGGGGGAAAAAAAUGUAGUAUUCUAAAAAUUAACCACAGAAAACAACUUGGUGCUGGUUGAUAGCAGUGGGGGUGUUAACCUUGAUGAUCAUGUGACUGGGAGAAGUGAGAGGAGGGUUCAUGCAGAUGAGUGAAGCGCACAGCACACCAACUGGCAGCCGGAUGUCUGCUGUUUUGUCACCAUCAGCAGAAGACUCGUUGCUGGUAGCAGUCUAUGGCAUACACUUGGUCUUCUGGUAGCAGUCUAUGGCAUUCACUGGGUCUUCUGGUAGCAGUCUAUGGCAUUCACUGGGUCUUCUGGUAGCAGUCUAUGGCAUUCACUGGAUCUUCUGGUAGCAGUCUAUGGCAUUCACUGGAUCUUCUGGUAGCAGUCUAUGGCAUACACUGGGUUUUGUCUGUGAUCUUAAGAAUCAUGAAGUCAUCAAAAUUACAUUACAGCUUCGAUGUGGAGAAUGGGCUUUCUGCCAGCCGCAGCCCGCUGGAUCCCCAAACGAGCCCGGGCUCCGGGCUCAUUCUGCAGGCCAAUUUCCCGCACAGCCAGCGCCGCGAGUCCUUCCUGUACCGCUCCGACUCCGACUUCGACCUGUCUCCCAAGGCCAUGUCCCGAAACUCCUCCUCUGCUAGCGAGCUGCAUGGAGAAGACAUGAUUGUAACACCAUUCGCACAGGUCCUUGCGAGCUUACGGACAGUGAGGAGCAACUUUGCUGUGCUAACGCACCUGCAGGAUCGUGUGGCCAGCAAGAGGUCGUCGGCCAAUAGCCCUGCAUCCAUGUGCAAAGCAAAUCUGCCAGAGGAGGCCUACCAGAAGCUGGCCGUUGAGACGCUGGAGGAGCUGGACUGGUGUCUUGACCAGCUGGAGACCCUACAGACACGGCACUCUGUCAGCGAGAUGGCCUCAAACAAGUUUAAGCGGAUGUUGAAUCGAGAGCUAACCCAGCUGUCAGAAACGAGCCGCUCGGGGAACCAAGUCUCUGAGUUCAUCUCCAGCACCUUCCUGGAAAAGCAGCACGAUGUAGAGAUCAUGUCCCCAUCCCCGAAGGACAAGGACAAGAAAAAGCGCCCCAUGUCUCAGAUCAGCGGCGUGAAGAAGCCAGUUCACAGUCCCAGUGUGCCCCCCUCCUCAAUUCCACGCUUUGGCGUCAGCACAGACCAGGAGGCAUCGCUGGCCAAGGAAUUACAAGAUAUCAACCGAUGGGGCCUAGAUACCUUCAAGAUAUCAGAGUAUUCUGCCUAUCGUCCUUUGACUGUAGUCAUGUACUCCAUCUUCCAGGAAAGAGAUCUGCUGAAGUCGUUCAAGAUGCCAGUAGACACUUUCAUCACAUUUAUGAUGACCCUUGAGGACCAUUACCAUUCUGAAGUGGCCUACCACAACAACAUCCAUGCUGCAGACGUGGUCCAGUCUACCCACGUCCUCCUCUCCACUCCAGCACUUGAGGCCGUUUUCACUGACCUUGAAAUCCUGGCCGCCCUCUUUGCUAGUGCCAUACAUGACGUGGAUCACCCCGGUGUCAACAACAAGUUCCUCAUCAGCACAAACUCAGAGCUGGCACUGAUGUACAAUGACGCCUCCGUCCUGGAGAACCACCACCUGGCUGUUGGGUUCAAGCUGUUGCAAGAGGAAAACUGUGACAUUUUCCAAAACCUCAGCAAAAAGCAGAGACAGUCGCUGCGCAAGAUGGUCAUUGACAUGGUCUUGGCUACUGACAUGUCCAAACACAUGAACUUGCUGGCAGACUUGAAGACCAUGGUGGAGACGAAGAAGGUGACGAGUCUAGGAGUGCUGCUCCUAGACAACUACUCUGACCGUAUUCAGGUUCUCCAGAACAUGGUGCACUGUGCUGACCUCGGCAACCCUACCAAGCCCCUGGAGCUCUACCGGCAGUGGACCGACCGUAUCAUGGUGGAGUACUUCACCCAGGGAGACAGGGAGAGGGAGAAGCACAUGGAGAUCAGUCCAAUGUGUGACAGACACAAUGCCUCCAUUGAGAAAUCCCAGGUUGGGUUCAUUGACUACAUCGUGCACCCCUUGUGGGAGACAUGGGCAGACCUGGUGCACCCGGAUGCCCAGGAGAUCCUUGACACGCUGGAGGACAACCGAGAGUGGUACCAGAGCAUGAUCCCACACAGCCCGUCCCCCCAGCCCGAGGACCAGGACACGGAGGACCAGGCAGCUGUGGAGACUCGGGAGGGCAGCAGUGCCUCUGCUGGAGAGAAGUUCCAGUUUGAACUGACCUUAGAAGAAGAGGAGGAAUCAGACAGAGAGGGCCGUCCGGAAGACGAGGAGAUGGUAGCCGUCGGUGGUGGACCAUCCGGAACUUCUCCAGACAGCCAAACCUUGUCCUCCGACCCUCAUAGCAGCCUCCCAGAGACCCCCCACCAGAGGAUGCAGCCCUCUCAGGUGGAUGCAGGGGACACAGAAGGAGAACAGGAGCCGGAAGGAACCAAUGUGCCAGGUUUACAGCCAACGACAUAGCAGUGGUCUUCAGUCACCAGGGCUAGUUUCUUUGCUCCAGACUGUGAGGGUCGGCUCGUCCUGCAGAGGAGAUUGGUGCCAUGGAGGAGGAAUGGCAAGGAUGAGCUUCCAAGCCAAACUCAGACAAGAGUGGCCUUACGCUGGAGGUGCCUCAGAAGAAAGCCCUCUAUUUUAAUCAGGAACAGACAUGUCCUUUUUCAGUUAGAGGGUCUUUUUUAAUACCCUUUUCAUAGAUUAUAUGAAUAUUUGAGGGGGGGGGUGUCUUGGGCACAGACUGCUGUAUUUGGCUAUUGGUUUGUUCAUUCUCUGAAGCUUAAAUCAGCCACACUAAGGUCUACUGACAGAGGAAGAAGGGAUUCUGCUGAAAAAAGUCUUUAAAAGAUUUCAUGGCGUUUAUAGGAGAAAAAAUACAGUUUGCUGUGGAAGAAAGUGACUUUGAAUUUCCAUAUUUUAAAUUUGUUACAGGAAAACUAUGACAUAUAUAUAUAUAUAUAUAUAUAUAUAUAUAUAUAUAUAUAUAUAUAUAUAUAUAUAUAUAUAUAUAUAUAUAUAUAUAUAUAUUAGUUAAAAACAACUAUGUUUUACCAAAUAUGUACCAAAACAGAGAGAAAAAAGCAUGUCACUAACCUCAGGGUAUGAAGAAAAGAAUGGAUUUCAAUGUAGCACGGAUGUCUGGGUAGCCGUUUACCCUGCUCCCUGUACAGUGUGCCUGGGCAGUUCUAUUGGAGAACAGUAUCAGAGGAAAAACAAAAAGCCUGAUCCAUUUUGUGUGUCUGGCGCCCUCUAUUGUUUAUUAUUUAUCAUUAUUUCAUUAGUAAAGUCUCCCAGUGUAAAUUUGUCAAUACAUUCAUUACAGGGCUUUAUCACUAAAAUAUUAUACAGUGUAAUAUUUUUCAACAUUACUGUCCUAGAAGAUUUGAGAAACACUUUUUUUAUGAUUUUAUGUAAAUCCUUGUUCUAUUAGUCAGACUGUAGAUAAUUUAGUUUUAUUGUAAAACUGUAUCUGAAUCUUUCUGUCUGUAAACGUGUCAGUGUGCCACACAUGUUCCCACGUCCAGCUGCGGUCGGUGCGCGGUACAAGCAGCUGAGUGCCUCAUCGCCGUUUGCCAGUGAGCGCCCGGCAGCACUGCAGGGGGGGGGGG